AUGGUUACCGGUGACGACGGCGAAGGGGACAUGAAGGUGCUCGGCGUGAUCAUGGUGGUGAUCCACCAUGCCGUCGGCCUCAACGCGCAGGACUCAGAUGGAAAGAGCGACCCAUACAUCGUGCUUUCAUACACCAAGUUCAGCAAGUCGCUCCACAACACGCGCAUCAUCCAGGGCAACCUGAACCCUGACGAGGUCAAGGGCGAGGAGAACGUGAGCAUGAUGCUCUGGGACUUGGAUAAGCACUCGGUGGACGACCUGGUUGGGUGCGUGACGGUCCCGGUCAUUGAGCUAAUGAAGGACAUGAGUGCUACUAUCUGGGUGAUGGGCACAUGCACAUCUCCAAAAGCCUAA